AAAGAAAAGCAAGGAAAAGCCAAAAAGCCAUAAAGCCAUGUUCUCGAUUGAAUCCAUUUUAAAGUCUCAAAUCUCACAGAGGUAGUGUAGCACGUCCCUGGUUCCGUUCCAGCGCACAACAGGAUAUGUUUUUUGUGUUUCAAAGCCGUCGAGCAAACUUGAUGAGGAAACUGGUGGCCCCGGGGCGGGUCAUGAUUAGUAUUGCCGUUUUGCAAAAGUUUCAAACGACCAAAGAAGCAAUCGAACGCUGUCGAGAGUUAGGAUGCAGAUACAGCACGUCCGGGAUCUGUGCGCGGUGCCAGGGGCGGCGGCCGAGCUCAACUGUACCGGCGACAUCCUAUCCGUGCAGAACCUGCUGCCGCAGCUAGCGGCACCGGAGAACAAGCCGCACCAGUGCCAGCAGUGCUUGAAGAGCUUCUCCUCCAACCACCAGCUGGUGCAGCACAUCCGCGUGCACACGGGCGAGAAGCCCUACAAAUGUUCCUACUGUGAUCGGAAGUUCAAGCAGCUUUCCCAUGUGCAGCAGCACACCCGUCUGCACACCGGCGAACGCCCGUACAAGUGCCAUCUGCCGGACUGUGGCCGUGCUUUUAUUCAGCUUUCUAACUUGCAACAGCAUCUGCGCAAUCACGAUGCACAGGUCGAGCGGGCCAAGAGCCGCCCGUUUCACUGUAACCUGUGCGGUAAGGGUUUCGCGACCGAAUCAAGCCUACGUACGCACACGUCGAAGGAGCUUCAGCUGCAUCUGGGAGUGUUGCAGCAGCAUGCCGCCCUGAUCAGCAACUCGAACAGCGUCACCUGUAACGUGUGCAGCAAGAUCUUUCUCGGCGUGGAAGCACUCAACGAGCACAUCAAGUACACGCACAAGGAGGUGGCAGGUAUGGUGAAGCGACGCGUCGCAAACCAUCCCUGUCCGAUGUGCGGGAAGCAUUACGUCAACGAGGGAUGCCUGCGGAAGCAUCUGCUGACCCAUCCGCGCACACCGACGUUCCGCUCGAACCUUCAGAUGUGGCCCUGCUCGGUGUGUCAGGCCGUAUUUACGCAUGAAUCCGGUUUGAUCACACACAUCGAGCACAUGAAAAUGGACCCGAAGCACCAGUUUGCCGCCCAGUACAUGUUUACGAAGGCGGUCGUGGAGCAGCGCGAAAAGGAAUCGGCCGGUGGCGGCAGCAGCAUGGUCGGCAUGGGCGGUGUGCCCGGCCUGUCCAGCUCGAUGGUGACGGUGAAGGAGCUGACGCACAACAGCAUCUCGCCGCUCAACUAUUCGGAAAAUUCGUCCACGAUGGGUUCGGAAAAGAAUGGCGAAAGUGCGGGCGGUGGUAGCGGUGGUGGAGGCGCCGGACCUGGUGUAGGUGGUAGUGGGGGUGGUGGUGGUGGUGGUGGUAGUGUGGUCGGUGGGACGGGAUCGGUCUUUGAUAAUCAUCGGAUGCCGAACCACCCGCACGGUGGUUUACCUUUCGGGGGUAGCGGGGGCACCAACGGAGGGGGAUCCGUCGGCGGCAAUGGUGGUCCGCUCGGUGGUACGAACGGUGGCGGAACGAAUGGUGUGGGCGGUGGUGGUGGUGGCGGCGGAGGAGGAGUCGGCGGUAUCUGUGCCGGGGGCGGUGCGUUAGAUAACAAUAAUAGUCAAUUUUCGCGAAUGAUGAUGAUACAGGAGCCGAAGUUCGAGCCGGACCUGAUGCUGAACGAGGGCACACCGUCGGCGGUGCAGGCGGCAGUGGUGAAUCUGGCGACCGCGAUGCGCAUCGGCCAAACGUUCAAGAGCAACACCAUGCACGGUGGCGACCUGCACGGUAGUAACGCGAACCUUGGUCCGUUGAAGAAGAAAAGUAAUAUGCUUAAUUUUAACGACUCCAAAUACUCAUUAGCUAACCGUCAAAAAUAUCCUGUGGCGUCUACAGAGUCGUCGAUCGGUCAGAACCACUGUCCCGCUACCUCGGAGACGGCUAUACGGAUCCAGCAGGCGGAAGCGAUCCUGCGAUCGCAGGCAGAAGCCGCCCUCCGGCUAGCGGUGUCCCAGGCCCAGGCCGUCGUCUCGUCGAACGCCGGCAUCGGGAGUGGUGCGGGCGGCGGUGGUGGUGGUGCGGUCGGUGGCAACGGGAUCGGGGUAGCGGGCGGGCCGGGCGGAUCGGUCGGGGUACCGCUCGGCGGUAUGUUGGGCCAUCACAAUCCGCACGCGCUCGUCACCGGCCGAAGCUGCAACGAGGAUGGACGGGCUGGUCCAAACGAUAGCACCAACUGUGGCCAGUUCGAUCCGACCGGGGAACAUUUACGGGCGGCGAUGCGGGAACAUCAGGCCCAGCAGCAGGCGAACGAUGACUGUCACCCGUUCGCCCACAGUCCCGUACCGCGGAACGGGCUGGACCUUACCGACGAGUUCCUAAAGAGUGAAAAUGUGCUGAAGGGAUGAGACUAGAUGAACUGUUACCACCAC